GCCGGAGCCGGGCUGCUGUGCCGCGUUUUGGGAACGUUCCUGAAGCGGCUUCAUCAUGUCUGGACGUGGCAAAGGCGGUAAAGGCCUCGGAAAAGGUGGCGCUAAGCGCCAUCGCAAAGUCCUUCGGGACAACAUCCAGGGCAUCACCAAGCCCGCCAUCCGUCGCCUGGCUCGCCGCGGCGGAGUCAAGCGCAUCUCGGGGCUGAUCUACGAGGAGACCCGCGGCGUGCUGAAGGUGUUCCUGGAGAACGUGAUCCGCGACGCCGUCACCUACACGGAGCACGCCAAGCGCAAGACCGUCACCGCCAUGGACGUGGUCUACGCGCUCAAGCGCCAGGGCCGCACCCUCUACGGUUUCGGCGGUUAUUCCCAACUUUAUGACCACGCGGGUUUAAGAUUGUAUUUAGCAGUAAUGAUUUUGCGUAAGGUUCCUCCGGAAAAGCCAAUGCUUCCGGUUACGGUGCUCAAGAUGGCGGAACAAAAGAGUCUCCGCGCCCCUUUGGCGCGCUCUGGCGGUGCUCGUCCUGCCGGCUGUGCGUCAGUUCGUUCUUCAGGCCUCGCCUUGCGGGCGACCGCCCUGGCCUUUUCAGACCUGUGCUUGCUAGAUGGCAAAAUCUACUUAGAGCUGGUGUACUUGGUGACGGCCUUGGUGCCCUCGGACACGGCGUGCUUGGCCAGCUCCCCGGGCAGCAGCAGGCGCACGGCCGUCUGGAUCUCCCGCGACGUGAUGCUCUCCUUGCGGCUGCGCUUGCGCUUCUUGCCGUCCUUCUUCUGCGCCUUGGUCACCGCCUUCUUCGACCCCUUCUUGGGCGCAGGAGCGGACUUCGCUGGUUCAGCUAUGUCUGGACGUGGCAAGCAGGGAGGCAAGGCUCGCGCCAAAGCGAAAACUCGGUCUUCACGGGCUGGACUACAGUUUCCUGUUGGUCGGGUACAUCGCUUGCUCCGCAAAGGUAACUACGCCGAGCGGGUUGGUGCUGGUGCUCCGGUCUACCUCGCAGCUGUGCUGGAGUACCUCACUGCUGAGAUCCUGGAGCUGGCAGGGAACGCUGCCCGGGACAACAAGAAAACUCGCAUCAUUCCUCGACAUUUGCAGUUGGCUAUCCGCAACGAUGAGGAACUCAACAAACUCCUUGGGAAAGUGACCAUCGCCCAGGGUGGUGUCCUGCCUAACAUUCAGGCCGUGCUGUUGCCCAAGAAGACUGAGAGUCACCACAAGGCUAAGGGCAACUACUGCUGUUGUUACUACUCCCUUCGCUUUAUUGUCGCUAUGGCCCGUACCAAGCAGACCGCUCGCAAGUCCACCGGCGGCAAGGCGCCCCGCAAGCAGCUCGCUACCAAAGCGGCUCGCAAGAGCGCGCCGGCCACCGGCGGCGUGAAGAAGCCCCACCGCUACCGGCCCGGCACCGUGGCUCUGCGCGAGAUCCGCCGCUACCAGAAGUCGACGGAGCUGCUGAUCCGCAAACUGCCGUUCCAGCGGCUGGUGCGCGAGAUCGCACAGGACUUCAAGACCGACCUGCGCUUUCAGAGCUCGGCGGUGAUGGCGCUGCAGGAGGCUUGCGAGGCCUACCUGGUGGGUCUGUUUGAGGACACCAACCUGUGCCUCGCUUCCAACAUGUCUGGACGUGGCAAAGGUGGGAAAGGCUUGGGGAAAGGCGGUGCUAAGCGCCACCGAAAGGUCCUCCGCGACAAUAUCCAGGGCAUUACUAAGCCAGCUAUCCGCCGCCUUGCCCGCCGCGGCGGAGUUAAGCGCAUUUCUGGUCUCAUUUACGAAGAGACCCGAGGAGUUCUCAAGGUGUUUCUUGAGAAUGUAAUCCGCGAUGCUGUGACCUACACCGAGCACGCCAAGCGCAAGACCGUCACUGCCAUGGAUGUGGUUUACGCGCUCAAGCGCCAGGGCCGCACCCUCUACGGCUUCGGCGGCUGAAGCUGUAGUUUGAGCUUAAUUCCAAAUCAAAA